AACCUUUCAUGUCAGAUGACGGAAUACUCAGACACUCAGAGAACAGCGACAAGGGAAGACAACUGGGAGCCUGGGAGCUGGGACUCAAGAAGACACAGGACCAUGUCUCCCUCAGGAGCUCUGGGUCCCCAGGAAAGUACCCAGGCUUAUCAUGCUGGAAAGGAAGCCUUAAAGAGAUCUUUUGAAGUCGAGGAAAUUGAACCGCCCAACUCCACGCCACCCCGGAGGGUCCAGACCCCUCUGCUCCGAGCCACGGUGGCCAGCUCCAGCCAGAAAUUCCAGGACCUGGGGGUGAAGAACUCAGAGCCUGCUGCUCGCCUUGUAGACUCCCUGAGCCAGCGCUCACCCAAGCCUCCCCUGCGGAGGGUGGACCUGGCCGGGGCCAAGGCACCUGAGCCCAUGUCUCGCCGCACGGAGCUCUCCAUCGACAUCUCCUCCAAGCAGGUGGAGGGCCCAGCCUCCGCUGCCGGGCCCUCACGGUUCGGGCUGAAGAGGGCCGAAGUCCUGGGCCACAAGACACCAGAGCCUGUCCCUCGGAGGACGGAGAUCACCCUAGUCAAGCCUCAGGAGUCAGUGCUCCGCAGGGUGGAGACCCCUGCCUCAAAGAUUCCCGAGGGCUCUGCCGUGCCUGUCACCACCGAUGCAGCCCCCAAGAGGGUAGAGAUCCAGGUGCCCAAGCCAGCUGAGGCACCCAACUGCCCGCUCCCGCCCCAGACCCUGGAGAACUCAGAGGCCCUGGUGUCUCAGCUGCAGAGCAGGCAGGAGCCCAGACCCCCUGUGGCUGAGAUCCCAUAUCGGAACCAAGAAGACUCCGAGGUGACUCCCAGCUGUGUUGGCGACAUGGCUGACAACUCCAGAGAUGCCAUGCUCAAGCAGACGCCUGCAUCUCGGAACGAGAAGGCCCCCAUGGAGUUUGGCUAUGUGGGGAUCGACUCCAUCCUGGAGCAGAUGCGAAGGAAGGCUAUGAAACAGGGCUUUGAGUUCAACAUCAUGGUGGUUGGGCAGAGUGGCCUCGGGAAGUCUACCUUAAUCAACACCCUCUUCAAGUCCAAAAUCAGCCGGAAGUCGGUGCAGCCCACCUCAGAGGAACGCAUCCCCAAGACGAUUGAAAUCAAGUCGAUCACCCAUGAUAUUGAAGAGAAGGGGGUCCGAAUGAAGCUGACAGUGAUUGACACUCCAGGCUUUGGGGACCACAUCAACAAUGAGAACUGCUGGCAACCCAUUAUGAAGUUUAUCAAUGAUCAGUACGAGAAGUACCUUCAGGAGGAGGUCAACAUCAACCGCAAGAAACGCAUUCCUGACACCCGUGUCCACUGCUGCCUCUACUUCAUCCCAGCCACCGGCCACUCGCUCAGGCCCCUGGACAUUGAAUUCAUGAAGCGCCUAAGCAAGGUGGUCAACAUUGUCCCCGUCAUUGCCAAGGCUGACACGCUGACCCUGGAGGAGAGAGUCUACUUCAAACAACGGAUCACUGCAGACCUGCUGUCCAAUGGCAUUGACGUGUACCCCCAGAAGGAGUUUGAUGAGGAUGCAGAGGACCGGCUGGUGAACGAGAAGUUCCGGGAGAUGAUCCCAUUUGCUGUGGUGGGCAGCGACCAUGAGUAUCAAGUCAAUGGCAAGAGGAUUCUGGGAAGGAAGACCAAAUGGGGCACCAUUGAAGUUGAGAAUACCACUCACUGUGAAUUUGCCUACCUGCGGGAUCUCCUUAUCAGGACGCACAUGCAGAAUAUCAAAGACAUCACCAGCAACAUUCACUUCGAAGCCUACCGUGUGAAACGCCUCAACGAGGGCAACAGCUCCAUGGCCAACGGGAUAGAGAAGGAGCCGGAAGCCCAGGAGAUGUAGAUGCGUCCCGCCCUAGGACCCCAUCCCCAGAUCUUUUCAUCAUCCCUGGCCCACCCACCUCCCCUGUCUUAUUUUAUAUAAUUAUCUCCAUUUGUC